AACAACCCACAACUGUCAUAUCGACUGGCAGCGCCAAGCAACCAACCAGGGAGUAUAGCACGUCAUUACGAUGAUGUAGCCAAGAGGAACGAAACACUAAUUUUUUGGAAAAGCAGCUCGGCCGCAACAACGUAGCUCUCGUGCGUGUAUGUUUGUACUUCGUGAAUUGGUGUUUUCAUAUGUUUUACCAUAAUUUGGUUUCGCGAAAUUGCUAGGCGUGUACCGCGCAAAGCAAACUGGCCCGCAAUGCAUGUGGUGUAAAACUAUCCAAAGCGCUUGCAGCUGGUUGGCCGUGUUCCGUUUUCACCACCAUGGAGGAUUUGUUUUUGUUUUCUCGGUCGCUCUGCUAGCGUAUUGAAUGUGCUAAUCCGCUCGAUGUGCAUUGUGUAGUGUAGUGACUAGUGUAUAUAUUGUGACGAUUGCUGUUCAACCUUCCGUCGUAUCGGGUGUUUAAAUGGUCUAGUGCUACAGCAAACCAGUGGAAAGUUCGACAUGUUCACCAAAAAGGCCAAUAUCGAUUUGAAAAAGUCGACCCAAAAAAUACAAGACAGCAAGAAAGAUUCCGCUGCCCGUCUGCGACAUCUGAAAACUAUACUCGAACACGUGGACAGCGAUGAGGCAAAAAAUCUGUUCGAAGCUAACUACAGUCACGUCUACUACAUCCUUUACGACACUUUCGUACAGGCCGAGGCGAAUCUGAAGCAGCGUGUACAUAAAACUCAUCGGGAAGAAUUGGACGGAUCGUUGUGGCUGCUGAGCAAAAUACUAUGUCUGCUGCCAGAGUUGGUCCAGCGCCGAUGGCAGUGUCAUUCGCUCGGGCGCAUCCUUGCAAAGUUACUGCACUACGGCAACAGCGUAAAGCUACGGCGUGAGGGUGUGAAAUAUUUCCUCCUCUGGUAUCAGGCCCUCGGUGACAAUGCACCGCCCUUCGUGCAUGGAAUGUUUACCGAGCUCGUCCCCGGACUGUCGGUACCGCAGCGUGGCAAAAAUGCACCGGCCGUUCCAUCCGACAGUGAGUUUAUCGCUACGGAUUUGCUGAACCACCCGAACCUAAAAGGUGAACUCGGUGGGUCCGUGUUCCACGAUACGACGGCCACCCAUCCGGUAAAGUCGCCCGAAAUACAACCGCUCAUUCCACCGAGCUCGAGCGAACGGACGGCGGCACCGGAUCCACGCGAUGGGCUAGAAAUUCUGCUCGACUGCAUGGUGCAGUCCUGCGGGUGUUUGAAAUGGCGCGACAACAGUCCCCAGCGGCACAUACGAACGUUUAACUUUUUGCUGACAAAGUUCCGCGAACAGUACCUGCCCGUGUUUUGUCCCUCGUUCGACUACAGCACGUCGGUGUACGAGCCGAAGCUCGAUCUACCCGUCAUCCGGAGCGUUUCGAAGCGCGAAGAGGUGAUGAGCUCGUGCGUCGUGGUGCUCAUCAUAUGGAUUGCGAAGUAUACGCACGAGCGGCACGUAAACAGCAAGUUGGAGCAGAUUCUUUCGAUUGAGGACGAACCGAGUGCGGGAGCCGGUGGUGGUUCGUUAGAUCAUGCCAGUUUGCUGUCCAAUUUGCGCCACAUGGGUUACACACAAACGCAGCUAGUGCGGGACGUACUGUACUCGAGCCGGGAGACGGUUAACUUUGUGCACGAAAUCUACCGGCAGGCUUUCCUGAUGGCCUUCACCUCCAAGUCGCAGAUUGAAGCGAUGCGUAUCGCCAUCUCCGUGUAUCGCGACUGGAUGAGCAGCAUACCACCGCCACCGUUUCUGUUGGAACCGGAUCUGGAAGCUUUACCCGUUGGAGGAGGAGGAUCGCCCGGUGGUGGUGGUGGUGGCGCCGUGCUCGGACCACCAGGGCUGGAGACGAUUUCCCCAACCGCCAGCAAUAGUCGACCCGGUAGCCAACGGUUGCGUACCGAUUCCUACCUGGGUGCAAUGAUGAUGACCAAGGAGAAUGGUUCUAUACGGGCCGGUUUGCAGAAUGUGCUGCAGGUGUUCGUAACAAACGCGGUAAACGUGUUUAUGGUCAAUACGGCACAUUUGAAUUUGCACUUUCAAUCCAAAACCAACGCGGACGGGUACGCAACGCCGCUCGACGAGCAGACCGAUAUUUGUAAGCGUGUGCUAAACAUUUACCGCACGAUGGUCAUGAAGACGCGCAUGGAAGCGAAAACGUGGGAGCAACUGUUGCUCGUACUGCUUCAGGUCACUUCCGUGAUUCUGCAAAAUUCGCCUCCGAAUGCGAAGAAGAACAAUCUCGGUGGAAGGUUGGCGCAACCGAUCUUUCAGACGCUGAUUGUUACGUGGAUCCGUGCCCAUACGAACGUUCCGGUCAACGCAGGACUGUGGGAUCGCUUUCUAAAGGUGCUAUCGUCUUUAACGCACCGUGAGGAACUGAUCGUCGAGUGGGAUAAAACGAUGCAGACGCUAACGCGCGUCCUUGCCCGCCAAGUUUACAAUAUAAACCUUUCCGAUCUGCCGCUGGAUCGGUUGGCAGAGCAGAAAGGUAAACGAAAGCGUGGAACACCGUCCAAUUGGACCGCAAGCGAGAGCGGUCGUUCCGUGAUGGGAAGGGAUGGAAUCGGAAGUGGAGUGAACAGUUCCGACAGGCAUGGUACCGCGAUGCAUGAUAUAACGUUUACGAAUGGAAGUAAUGUGGUCGCUUCGGUACCUUCCGAUGGUGGUGCUACUACAACACUCAUGCGUGGCAACCUCAAUGGUGGCGGCAAUGAUCGAUUAACUAAUGGUUCCGGUGGUCCAUUAACGGUCACGACAACAUCAACCAUUACGUCCACUACCGGAGGAGGAGGAGGAGGUAUGCGGAUGGGGAACCCCCGCAGCAUACCGGGCACACCGUCACUGAAUCGAAGCUACAGCGAGGGAAGUCUUUUGUCUGCUCCGUUCCGUAAAUCACGUGCCCGGCGUCGUUUGCGCAUUGCCGGACUUGGCCUAACGAUGGGAAGCAAUGCGCGAGAGCAAACUGUCGCAGCAGAUCAACAUCAUCACGGUGCUGAUCAUUCCUUUUCCCGGUUGCUCUCCAACACAUCGACAUUCCUAAGCAUUAGCAGCGAAAAUCUGGAAAUGGCUUCGUUUUCCGAAUGUACCGAAGUGAUACCGCUCGGUAGUGAAGGGCACGGAGGAUCUGGGGCUGGUAGCGUUCUGCGCCGUGCCGUAUCGCUCGAUUCCGUUCGACCACCUGGCGCGGGUGGAUCGGCGAAAAAAGAUCACUCGGAUGAUGACGGUUACCGGCAUCAUCGUGUUGGAACGAGUUGUGAAACUGGUGGUGGAUCGCGCAGUCCAUCACCGACGGCAUCGAGCGGUAUUGAGAGUGGAUCGAUCAAAGACUCUCCGAUGCAGAUAGCGGAUGCGCUUACUGCUGACAGUUCCAGCAUUGAUACGCAGGAUGAUCCCCAGUCGUUCGGUGGUUCCUCUUCAUCGAUGGCAACGACGGCCGAUCGGCGAUCGAUUUUGGCUGGCGGCACGGCCAAGGGUUGGCUGCCGGAUGUAGCGGCCGUGAUGUGGCGCCGCAUGCUCGGUGCACUCGGGGACGUGAACAAGAUCCUUAAUCCGAAGCUGCACGCUCAGGUGUAUCAGUAUUUGGUCAGCAUGACGGAAAGUUUGAUCAAGAUCCGCAUGAACCAAGGCAUUUCACUUGAUGGAAGCGGACAUUCAUCGUCUGCUACACUACCGUCCGCCAGUACGAAUUUGGUACCGCCCGUUGCACUAGUGGCCCCGUGGUGCUACGGUGCGCUCGCUCUCGAUGCGCAGUACGCGCAAGGUAAACUGUACGCGAUGCAGCUGUUGUGCACGAUCGUACAAAGUGGUGCCAGUUUGGGCAAUCAUCAGCUGCCACUGUUCUAUCAUGCGCUGCAUCAAGCACUGACCGGGGAGGAUCGUGCAAUGGCCUACACUGCGCUACGUUAUUUAGGUGGGCCAAGAUUUUUGAGCCUGUUGCUUCCGGGACAUACGCUUCUGCUGCUUGAUCUGGUCCAUGCAGCAACCGUAGUGCUCACAUCCUCGGAAACAGGCCCUCAUGCUCCACGUGCCCAUGUGGCCGGUUUGCUUGGAUCGCUACUGUGUUUUCCCCGAACUUCCCUCCCAGGGCCCGUAUUGCAACCGUCCGAGCCACACAUCGAUCUGAUGGAAUGUCCCGAUCUACAAGAGCACGUGCUGAAUGUUGUAUUGCGCUGUGCACGCCGUGAACCGACAGCAAAAGCGCGCUGUAUUGCAAUCGCCUCGCUCGGCCAGUGGAUACUGCAGAACCUAACUAACCCAAGCGGCCAGCAGGCUGGUGACGGUGAGGUUGCAUUUAAACUAAAAGUUCCCCACCAUAGCAGCGAAACUGGUUCGCGCCGUGAAUCUGUAACGCACAGCGUCAAUCCGCGGAUCCGCGAAGCAUUUCAGGUCAUUCUACAGGCGCUCCAAUUUAAGCAUCACACAAUCGCCCGUCUAGCGUCGGAAACGUUGAAACUUUGUGCCGAACAGGGGGCACGGAUCGAACAGAUCGAGCGUCUGCCGCAGCUGAUCAUCGACACGGUGUGUCUCUCGCUGGACAUUCACAAUGUGCCGCAUCCGAAAGAAUCGGAUAAAACGGUUCUAACUUCACUGCUGUUGACACUCGGUGAGCUUUGCAUGUCCUUCUCGGUUCGCACACUACAACAACCAAAGCAUCACGAUUCGACGGAGCCGCUUAUACUGAUCGUGUUUCGCAUACUGUACAAAAUAGCCACCGGACUGCAGAAUGGCGAACGCAUUAAGCUGUUUACCACCGACGAAGAUUUUGACUCGACCAUUGUGGUCGACGAUGUGCGGGAGAGCGGUAUGGGUGAGUCCGGACCAUAUCAAACAUCCGAAUCCAUCGCCAGCUGUCAGUCGGCGAUUCGGUUGUGCGCUAAAACGGUCGCAAUGCAUCUCAUCACCAAUCUCGGACACUUCCCGAUGGGUAUCGGCGCAACGCGGCUCAGUUCGUUGGUAGAUGAGCAGGAUGAUUUGAUGAGCGUAUCGGUCGGCACGGUACCCGUUCAUCCGAGCACCGGUACGGGUCCGUCCGUUGCAACGUUGCAGCGUGAAAACUCCAUUGCGGGUGCACGCGUCGAUGCGAUGGAGCAUGUCUUAGCUUCGCCCAAUUUACAACUGCUCAUGCUAAGUCCGGAACUGGUGGCAAGCUUUAUUGAACUGCCUGCGUUAAAGCUACCCGGUGGUGGUGCUACCGCCGGAUUGCUCACCGCAAACCGACAGGUUCGUUUGCUGCUUCGUGAUCUGAACGGGAAAGCGUGCUGGGAUGCCUCGAUACUGUAUCAAGAACCAUCGCUAUCCGUUCCAUCGGCGGGACCGGUCGAUUACGAACGAAAUGCAACAUUCCAAAGUUCAGCGCCUGUUUCGCGGCACUACGCCUACUCAACAUUACCCACGGGAUCUGGUCAGUUGGCGGGAAGUAAUAGCGUGGCGGGAAGACAUUUUGCCAGCGGUAGUACCUCGAUCGAUCCGCUAAUGUCCACCGCUAUUGGAUUGCCGAUGUCGCAUGGUCCGCGGCACACUCUGCGCCAUCGGCCGGUGCAUCAGCUGCCGGUUGCAAAGGAUUUGGCGCCAGAUUUGGAUCAACUGGACGACCUAUUGCAAUACAUCGGCUAUACCAGCCCGGAAUGUUUGGACAGUUCAGAAAUACCGUUGAACACAGCCGGACCAAGUCCGUUGGGAGCUGGCCUGGAAGGGCAAACUAUUUCGAUCAUUCUAAACCAACGUACAAUCGAAGCGGAAGCUGUAGCACGCCAAAACUCCGGUACGAACGGUCUGCUGAAUGUUGAACGAUCGUUGUCUGGUGGAACAUCAUCAUACCCAACGCUUGUGUCUAGCAGUGGUUACGGUAGCUACUCACCCGGCCAAUCAUACGCAGACGAACCAGGAACAGGUACCUUAACAAGAGCUGCCAACGCUAUGCAAAGCAACCAGCAACAACAGCCACCAGCUGACACCACCACCACGACGAAACCAUUCCAACUCGGGCGCAUUCUCUUCAACCAGCUCGGUCUAGCCGGUUGGGAACGGCGCAAACGAACACAUCUGCUCCAGCGCACCGAUAAGCUGCUGCGCGAGUUGCGCAAUCUCGAUAAUCAAAAGUGCCGCGAAACGCACAAGAUGGCUGUGAUUUACGUGGCCAACGGGCAGGAGGACAAAGGCAGCAUUCUGCGGAACGCUUGUGGCAGCAGUACUUACGAAAUGUUUGUAUCGGCGCUUGGCUGGGAGGUCGAGCUUGAGUCGCACAAUGGUUUUCUCGGCGGGCUACCACGUCAGGGCUGUGGUCAGACGGCACCCUAUUAUGCGACCCCGUUCCUGGAGGUGAUCUAUCACGUCUCGACACGCAUGCCAUCGGAUACACCGGAAGCGAUAUUGAACAAAACGCGUCACCUGGGCAAUGAUGAGGUACACAUCGUGUGGAGUGAACAUAAUCGUGACUAUCGGCGGGACAUUUUGCCGACCGAGUUUUGUGACGUGCUGAUCGUCAUUUAUCCGCUGAAGAGUGGUCUGUUUCGGGUGACGGUAAACAAAAAGCCCGAGGUACCAUGGUUUGGUCCACUGUCGGACGAGAUGGUUGUUGGUGGUGCUUGUUUGGCUAGUUUGGUGCGAGCAUCAGCGAUCAACGCAAGUCGGGCAAAGCGAAGUUCUCUUUCGCUGUACCAACAGUAUUACGAAGAGCGCAACCGAUCCAUCGACACAGUGGCGUUGCGCCAUCGGGAAAACAGUACAUUCGAAGAUUUUACAGCGCGCAUCUUCUGUCCGAUUGCGCAGCAGAGCGGUGGCAAAGUAGGUGGUGGACCUAGCGGAACGGCCGGAGCAUCGAUCGCUGCUGGUACGAAUGCACCGGCACCGUUGGCGGCUGCCCUGAUCGAUCACCACAGCCGUGGACCAUCGAAAACCUGGAUACACCAUCCGGAAAUGGUUGCAACGGCCCGUGAGGUAACACAGCAAACGCUUGCUUCCGUAUCGCUGGAUCAACCGUCCCCAAGACCGCUGCGCAAGCUGCACCAUCCGUUCAAGGCAGUGCCGAAAGGGAAAGUUAGCAACCAACCUAGCGGAGGUAUGAUCACUCCCGGUGGAUCAAGCACGGUGGACCGAUACGGUGUUGGUUUGUCGAAUUCGACUGCCGUGAUUGGACCUGGUGGCGUAACCGGUACUACACCACCGGAAAGCCCAACCCUACCGGGACGGAAGAUCAAAUGAGAUUGGUGGUAGCUUCGGGCUACCGCAAUCGAGCUAUCUUUGCUGCAACGAUCACAGGCAACAAAGGGUUCUCGAGCUGGGAAGGCAACGGCCAACACCACCACCACCACCACCACUGUCACUGUUUUGACUAGCAAUACUGAUAGAAAUAAUCACGGUAACAAUAAGAAUAACGCUAGCUGUAACAUUAACAACAAUAAUGGCAGCAAGGAUCGAAACGAAAUGGAAGAUCGAUCGUCGUUACCUUCCAGUUACGGGCCGCUCAUUAGCCAACAAUACGAUGUAACGAUUGUGGCCAGAAUAACAGCAUGUUUUUGUGGAAAGUAACAGCAGCUUUCCGGCAGCUAAGAACGAUAGACAAGAACGAUGUACAACAUCAACCAGGCAAGUGAUUUACGAUUAGGCGGGGGAAAAAAUUUGUUAGAAACCAUUUGUUUUGGUUGCUGCUGGUACCGGGGUUUUCUUUUCGGCCCAACGUUAUCCAGCAAACUCAUGUUUUCGCACCGUGGUCAAAAGUGACUGCCGGAAAAACCGACAGUGGGUUCGUGUUAAACGAUAGUAUAAGAGCAACAAAUGAUUAGCUUUAACAUGCCGUAGUUAGAUAGAUCCUUUCCAUUUGC